AAAAGUUAAGGCAAAUCCAGCUUCCCUUUAUUUUCUACCGCAACAGCGGGUAGUGUCAUCGCAUUAAACUUUUCUAAUAAAAGGGAAGUGGWGCCUUGCUUGAACAGCAGUUUAAUUGUUUUUGUGGAAACUCUGCCGCAAAAACACAUUCCCGACAUGGACCCCUCCAUCGAGAUGUUACCUUCAGAAACCCCCAAGGAGGUAGACGGCGGGACAACCGUGGCGUGUGUUAUACUGGGKCUUUCCUUCCUGGUGGGAGUUCCAGGAAACCUGCUAGUAAUCUGGACUAUCCUGAGGCACGUCAAGCAGCGUUUUCACACUGUGGUCCUCAUCCUGCACCUGGCAGUGGCAGAUACGAUGGUCCUCAUCACUCUGCCUGCCUGGAUCUACUCCCUGGUGCACACUUUUGAGUUUGGAUUGGUACUUUGCAAUAUCUUAAUCUGUGUUAUCACUGUGUGCAUGUAUAGCAGCAUCUUCUUCAUCACUCUUAUGAGUGUGGAACGCUACAUAGCCAUCUGCCAUCCAUUUCUGAUGAUGCGCUGGAAGACUGAAAAGAAUAUGAAUGGAUGYAUUGCAUUUUUGUGGCUUCUUGCGCUUCUUCUUGGAUUAUCWGAAGUUUUAGCCCAGACUUUGGCUGGAAGCGAGCAAAACGAUCAGUGCUUUGUCAGAGACUUCAACAAUGAUACUCUAGAAAUUGUCUUCUUGUGCCUGCAGACGUUGYUGGGCUUUGUGCUGCCUUUCAUUACGCUAAGCAUCUGUUACUGUCUUGUGGCUGCGCAGCUCAAGAAAAUGAGAUUUAAUUCAAAACAGAAAUCCAAAGUUCUCAUUCACACUGUAGUGCUUGUUUUCCUCCUGUGCUGGUUACCCUACCAUGUUAUUAAUAUUAUUGAUGUAGCUUGCAUUUUUGGGACAGACAAAGAGGAUGGGUGCGUACCGGAAAGUUUGGUCUUCAGCUCUGGUGCUCUGGUUUUUAUCAGCAGCUCAGUGAAUCCUGUAUUAUACGCCUUCUUCGCCAGGAACUUYAGAGGCAGUCUUGGAGAGUCUGGUCUGGUCAAACUGUUUCAGGAACUGGCCUCAAACACAAAUAGACUCAAGGACCUCGCAAUACAGCAGCAGAAGGACCAGAGCUCAGCAGACACGGAGCUCACGUCUACAACUUUCAAAUAAAAAUGCGAGUGGGGGUAGUACUACAGCUAYGGGAAAACUGGACUGAGAAGUGAAUGUYUCCUGUUGUACUGACACCAAAUGUGACCUAAGAAGUUUGACAAUAAUAUUGAGUUGCAAUUUUCUUUACUACCACAAGGCUGUGCCCUUGAUUUAAUUGAGAUUCAGUCAAAACKUCUUAUUAUGUUUUUUAAAAAAAGUUUAAAAGAACUUCUGGUUGUUGCUGAAGAAUAUAAUUUAUCAUUAUUUCCUGUUACAGAUGUGUAAAAGCAAAAAAAAAGAUUUGCUUACUUAUCACCAAAUUGCUGAUAUGUAGUUUAAAAGCAAAUGAAACUCAACAGGGACAGCAGUUUGUUACUGUUUUAUAACUUUGGUGACAUAUCAAAAUUGUAUUAUUCCAUUUUAAAAACAGGAAAUGUCUUGCAUGAUAAUGUAUGUUAUUUUAAUCCUGUCUGAGAUGCUUCAGUUAUUGUGAAUAAAGAUAUGACCUAUUUGGAUAUUCUUUGCGACUAAAGUGUACUUUGAGCAAAAAAGUAAGAUUUCACAACAUACAAAGUGCAGAAGUGCAGGAAAAAAGCAACAACCUUGAAUUCUGCUUUUUCCCCCCUCCUUGUUGAAGACAUCAGAAAAAGUAAUUAAGCCGACCAUCCCAUAUUAGCAAACACUGUGGUUUGAGUUGCAACCUUGCUUAAACCUUUCGUGAUGUCACCAGAYACAGAUGYGUUUGAAAGCUUAUUUUUGAGAUAGUGUAUUUUUGUUAUGACUAAAUAAAGAUUCAUAAUAAAACUGCAGCAGACAUAGAAAAACUGACCCUGGCAUGUUUUUCUUGGUGACAACCUACAAUACAAUAGAGUGUAAAUGUAUUUUUCUUCUUUCAGAUUUGCUCUUUUUUUGUGUGUGUGUGUGGGUUGUUUUUUUUUUCUUCU